AUGCAGAUCUCAAUCAUAUUCCUCACCAUGAUGGUACCAGGGUUUAUGGCCAUGCCGUCAAGACUACACGGCUCUCGCCCCACAAACAAGCACACAACGAGCGAUAGGGUCUCACAAAUCCUCGAGAAAUUCCAUUCUGACAACAACAUCAGCGUCUUGGACAAGGAAAUUAAUGGGACUCGGGUCUCGGAGCAGUCCAUUGUGAACAAGGGCGAGGGUAAUGUCCUUCAGCUCGAGACUAUUGCCAAUGUAACCAACUUAACUACGACCAUCACUACUCCAUCCCAAGGGUAG